UAUCCCAUAAUGCACCGCUGCUGAUCUGGUGUCCACGUCAAAGCUGACAGCCGCUAAUGGCCUCAGUUGAUGUGGCACUCUGAGCUGUUUGGACCCCGGAUAAACUCCCGAACUUACAUCCCGGAGCGGCUCCGGCGGUUCUGGCUCUCCUCCCGGUCCGGUAAUGAGGCAGCAGCGGGCGAACUGCGCUUUAAAACGCCGCGUAAGCCGCUUCGGACGCGCGGUUACAACAGCUGUUGUUAGCCGGGUUCGGGCUGGUUAAAUGAACUCGGGUCAGCUGACACCUCCACUCACUUUCAGGACACAAAGAGAACCGAACCGAACAAAACAUUCGACCAAACUUCAUGACUAGACGGAUCCUGAUCCUGUUUGGGUCACAGUAACACAGCGAGGCCAGUCCCCCCUCCCUCCCGGACUUUUUGGUGCGUUUUGCGACCCCGGUCAGCCAGGAUGUCAUCGUGGCUCGGCGGACUCGGUUCAGGCCUCGGCCAAUCCCUCGGCCAGGUCAGCGGGAGUCUGUCAACAUUCACCGGCCAGAUAUCGAACUUCACCAAGGACAUGCUCCUGGAAGGAGUGGAGGAAGUCGGAGAUGCUGCCACGGAGCUGCAGAUGUCCAACUCCAGGCUGGUUGAGAUGGAGACGGCGUUUGCUGCUCAGAGAGCUGAGCUGGAUAAACUGAGAAGGCUUCAUGCUGAGCUGGAGGAGCAGCUGGAAGCUGCUGAGAUCCAGAACAAACAACAGUCUGCAGCGUACAGAGCGCAGCUGCAGCAGAAGGAUGUGGAGAUCAGCCACCUGAAAGCUCGGCAGAGCGGCCUGCAGGAGGAGCUGCGCUCGGCCCAGUCCGCCUCCGCCGGCCCGGCGGUGCUGCCCGUCUCCACCGCGUCCUCCGUCGCCGCCACCUCCUCUUCCUCCUCGGCCUCCGCCUUCCUGACCCGCCCUGCGGGGUCUCAUCAUGGUUUCCACGGCGACGAGGUGGACAUCAGCGAUGUUCUGUGGUCGCAGCAGGAGAUCAACAGGCUGUCGUCAGAAAUCCAGCGUCUGGAGGCCGAAGCGUCUCAUUGGAGGAGAAUCUCUCAGUCAUCAACAGCGACAGGAAGUGGCAACAGCGACCAGGGCGAGAUUCUGAAACUGCAAAGACUGAUUCAGGAGCUUCGAGACGAGAUGAGCCGCGAGAUGGACGAGCACCAGCACGAGCUGGCGGCUCUGCAGGACGCCCAGAGGCAGAAGAUGGCCGAGGUGACCCGGCGGCAUCGGGAGGAGCUCGCCGAGUACGAGGAGAGGAUUGAAGAGCUGGAGGAACAGCUUCACGGAGGUGGGAGUCAGGCUGGUUCCCCGUCCGACGCCUCCGAGCUGCUGGAGCUCCAGAAGAACAUCCAGGCCCUCCAGGAAGCGGCGGAGCGGCGCGAGAAGCUGCUGUCGGAAGUGUCAGCCAGUCUGGAGGAAGCCCAGAGGAAGCAGGCAUCGCUGCAGCUGGAGAAGGACCAGGUCCAGGAGGAGAAUGCCGGGCUGCUGCAGAACUACUCGCGUUUCCAGACUUCUGUGGCGGAACUGCAGACACGAGUCCAGGAGCAGGAGGGACGGACUCUGCAGAAAGCCCAGCUCGAGCACGAGAUCCAAACACUAAGAAACAACCUGGAAGCUGCAGAGAAGGAAGUGGAGAGACUGAGGAGCCUGACUGAGCGAGAACCAAAGGAAGAAGUGGAGCACGCAGACAUCCUAGAACUGAACACCAUCAUCGAAGCGUUGAGGCGGGAAAAGGAGGCGCUGACCCUGGAGAAGACCGAUCUGCAACUCCGACUGAAGGAGGCGGAAGAACAAGCGGCCUCUGGCCGUGAGGGCGACGUGGAGUCGCUGCAGGACCUGAAGGUGGCGCUGGAGAGGCGGGAGAAGGCCCUCAGAGCUGUGGAGGAGGAGCGGGACACCCUCCUGUCUGAGCUGGAGGAGCUGGACCGGCAGAACCAGGAGGCCACCAAGCAUAUGAUCUCUGUGAAGGAGCAGCUCUCUGCACAGCUGAAGGAGGCGGAGGAGCAGCUGUUGAGGGCGACUGAAGAUCUCAGCAGAACCACGGAGCAGAAGAGGUCGCUGGAAGAGGAGCUGGAGUCGCAGAAGGAGAAGGUCAGCCAAAGCGCCUUCAGCCUGAACGAGCUGCACAUGGGCAGACAGCAACUGGAGCGGACGGCGAAGGACCUAAAGGACAAGCUGGGGAGCGCUCAGGAGCAAAGCAGAGAGCUGAGGAAAGCUCUGCAGCAGAAGGAGGAGCAGCUGGCUGCUGCCAGAGCAAAGCUGGAGGAAGGAGGAGCCAGAGGAGGUGAGGUCGAGAGAGCCAGAGGGGAGCUGGAUGUGAAGGAAACAGAGUUGACGGAGCUCAGGAGAGAACUGGAUGAGCUGAGGAGCUCUCGUGAGAAGGUGCUGUCUGAGAUGUAUGAGAUGAAGAUGGAGGGACAGAAGUUGAAGGAGGAGAAGGAAAAGUUCCUUCUGGAUGUCGAGGAGCUGACACAGCAGCUGAAGGAAAACCAGGCAGCUCUGAGCAGAGCAACCAGGGAGAAGGACACUCGAAUUGAAGCGUUGAAGCUGGAGAAGAAUCAGCUGGAGGCCGAAUUGACGCAGGCGGAGAAGAUGCUUUCAGAGCAGGCGAAGCAGUUCCAGCAGACCAUCGAGGAGCUGACGCGCGCUCGAUCCAUGGACGCCUCCACCUUACAGGCCGAGCACGAGUCCGCCAUCAAACUCAACCAGGAGAAGGACCAGGAGAUCUCCAAGCUCAGGAGAGAUUUGGAGCAGCUGGCCUCCGACCAAAGAGACACCAACGAGAUGCUGUCCAUCACGGUGGACGGGCAGAAGCAGCUGACCGAUCUGCUGCAGGAGAAAGACGUCUUUGUGGAGACCUUGAAGCAGAACGCCGCCGACUUACAGACGGAGAUGGAGAGCAGGAUCUCAGAAGUGACCAAGGAAAUGGGGAUCCUCAAACAGACGCUGGAGGAGAAGGACAGACAGCUGGGAGGCAUGAAGGAGGAGAACAACCACCUGAAGGAGGAGAUGGAUCGCUUCAGGGAUCAGCAGAGUAGACCGCCACCUCUGGCCGAGCCCAAGACUCUGGACAUCAUCACUGAGCUGGAGACGGAGGUCACCCAGCUGAGGUCCUCCGAGACGUCCCUGGAGGGGGAGGUUCAGAUGCUGAGGAGGACCCUCGAAGAGCAGCAGGCCGCCCUGCUUCAGUCCCAGCAGUCUCUGCAGGCCCAGCGGAGCGAGCUGGAGCAGGCGCACGCUCGCCACCAGCAGACGGCGCUCAACUACGACAGACUCAUCCACGCCAGAGACGAAGAGGUCGCUCGCCUGCAGCAAAGCGUCGAGCAGCUCAGCAGGAGCCGCACCAACGCUCCGCAUGUGCAGGGGGAGGUCAUCCUGCAGGAGGACAAGACGCAGUCCAUCAGCCAGGAGAACGGCAGCGAGAAACACGACCUGUCCAAGGUGGAAAUAGAGAAGCUGGUCAGAGGCAUCAAGGAGAAGGAGACGGAGAUCCUCCAGCUUAAUGAGAAGAACCUGACGUUGACCCAGCAGCUGGACCAGAUGCUGGUUUCUCACAGCGAGGUGGGAAAACUCUCGCAGCUGAUCCGGCAGAAGGAUCUGGAAAUCCAGGCGCUUCAUGCGCGACUCUCCAUGGGCGGAGGACACUCCCAGGACCUCCUGUACCUGCAGCAGCAGGUGCAGAGGUCCGCCGACGAGAAGGAGCAGAUGCUGGCCGUGCUGAACGAGAAGACCAGAGAGAACAGCCAGCUCCGCUCGGACAACCACCGCCUCGUGGACAUCAUGGCGGGAAAGGAAGCCGCCCUGGUGAAGCUUCAGCAGGAGAACCAGCGGCUCUCCGAAAUGAACGACCCCACAGGAAGCCACGACAUGUUCAAGGAGACCAUCCAGAACCUCUCCCGCAUCAUCAGGGAGAAGGACAUAGAGAUCGACGCGCUGACUCAGAAGUGCCAAACUCUGGUGGCCGUUCUGCAGUCCUCCGGAGGGGAUUCCGGUGCCGGUUCCGGGGGCGUCAGCAGCAACCAGUUUGAGGAGCUUCUGCAGGAACGGGACUCUCUGAAGCAGCAGGUGAAGAAGAUAGAGGAGUGGAAGCAGCAGGUCAUCACGACGGUCAAGAACCUGCAGCACGAGUCCGCUCACCUGCAGGAGGAGCUGAUCCGGCUGCAGAGCCAGGUUUCUGCCGACAGCGACUGCAGCUCCCGGCUGUCCGUGGACUACGCCCAGCUCAUCCAGAGUUAUGAGCAGAAGGAGAAGAUCCUGGGGAACCUGGGCAUGGAGCUCGCACAGGUUCAGCAGACCAUCACCCAGCUCAGCUCCACCAAGGACGUCCUGCUGGGCAAACUGGACAGUGUAGCUCAGAGUCCUCCAGCUGUUCCAGAAGGCUCUUCAGGCCUCCACACCUCCUCACCUGAACACAAGGAGAAGCUGCGGGAAGAGCUGGAGAAACUGCGGGCCCAGCUGGCAGAGAAGGAAAAUGUGAUCAAGACUCUUCAGGAGAACAACCACCGGCUCUCCAACUCCGCCUCCGAGAGCGCGCAGAGAAGUCAGGCCGAGGAGGUCCAGCAGGUCCGAGAGAGGCUGGAGUCCCUGCAGAGGUCCGUGAGGGAGAAGGACCUGCUCAUCAAAAGCAAAGGAGACCAGCUCCUCCAGGUGAGCGAGGCGCUGCGUAACCGCGACAACGACAACGAGGUGCUGAAGCAGGCCGUCACCAACCUGAAGGAGAGGGCCCUCAUCCUGGAGAUGGACACCAAGAAGCUGAAGGAGGAGAACGAGCUGGUGGCCGCUCGCUCCCGAGAGAAGGAGUCCGAGUUCAGGGCGCUCCAGGAGACCAACAUGCAGGUGUCUCUGCUGCUCAGGGAGAAGGAGUUUGAGCUGAGCGCCACCAGCGAGAAGGCGGCCACGGUGGAGAAGAUGCUCAAGGACAACCAGCAGGGGAACUCGGGCGAGCUGAACCAGCUGCUGAACGAGCUGAAGUCCAUGCAGGAGAAGGCCUUCGCGUUCCAGCAGGAGAGGGAUCAGAUGAUGAUGGCGCUGAAGCAGAAACAGAUGGAGGCCGCAGCCGUGCAGGCCGAGCUGCAGCAUGUGAGGGACAAAGAGCAGCGCCUGAACCUGGAGCUGGAGAGGCUGAGGAACCACCUGCUGGAGAUCGAGGACUCCUACACGAGAGAGGCGCUCUCCGCCGAGGACAGAGAGGCGGAGCUGCGCAGGCGGGUGGCGCUGCUGGACGAGAAGCUGGCCACCUCUUCGACUGCAGUGGAGAGCGCCAGCCAACAGGCCAGCAUGCAGGUGGAGUCCCUGCAGGAGCAGCUGAGCAUGGUGGUGAAGCAGCGGGACGACACGCUGGCGCAGCUCCGAACCUCUCAGGAGCAGGUCAACCAGUAUGCAGUGUCGCUCUCCAACCUGCAGAUGGUGCUAGAGCAGUUUCAACAAGAGGAGAAAUCCAUGUACACGGCUGAGCUGGAAAAGCACAAACGGGAGAAGGAGGAGUGGAGGAGAAAAGCUCUGCUUCUGGAAGACCAAGCAUCUGCGCUGCAGGUGAACCUGGAAGAAGCCCACGCCGCUCUGGACUCGGCGUCUCGUCUGACGGAUCAGCUGGACCUGAAGGAAGAACAGAUUGAAGAGCUGAAAAAGCAAAUCCAUGUGAGGCAGGAGAUGCUGGAGGAGGCGCAGAAUAAGCUGAUGAACCUUCUCAACAGCACCGAAGGAAAGAUCGACAAGGUCCUGAUGCGGAACCUGUUCUUGGGUUACUUCCAUACGCCUAAGGCCAAGCGCGCCGACGUGCUGAGGCUCAUGGGAAGCGUCCUGGGCUUGAGUCGAGAAGACGUGGAUAAGAUGUUGGAGGAGGACGUCCAGCGCGGCGUGACCGGAUGGAUGUCGAGCUGGCUUGGAGGCAGAGGAGCACAAAGUGUCCCAAACACUCCUCAGAGACCCGGCGGCGGGCAGGGCCUGAACUCGUCUUUCUCAGAAAUGUUCGUCAAGUUCCUGGAAAUGGAGUCGACCCCUUCAGCCCCGGCGCCGAGGCUCCCGGUCCUCGACAUCAGGCCUCUGAACCCCCCACCUCCAGGAAGAAGCAGCGGAUCAGCCUCCGCCCCCACAGGAGCUGUGGCGGCCAGCAGGCGAGCCGGCGAGUCCAGCCCCUUCUUGGCGCCGCGCUCCGCCGCCGUGCCGCUGACCGGUUUGGGCGCCGGCGGUUCAGGGAGCCACCUGCUGAUGAAGCCCAUCUCGGACGCCCUCCCCACCUUCACGCCGGUAGUGGUGUCGGCGGAGGCGAGCGGCGGAGCUGUGCUCAAAGACCUGCUGAAGCAGUGACGGCACGCCGGGCGCCACCUGGUGCACUUCAGUUCUAUGCAACAAACCUUUUGAAAGGAAACCGUUUCCAGCUCCGGCGAUGAGACCAGUGGCUUCCCGGCUUUCGUCUCCUGAACACAAGUGACCUUGUAAACUGUCCGUGCCGGGGUCUAAUCGUCACCUGGAGGAACCCUGUCCUUCGGCUCUCGUCCUGCGCCGAGCGAAGCGGCGUUUCUUGUCUCCUGAUUUGCCUGAAGCUCUGCUGGAUCACUACAUCUGUUCAAACCAUAAAGAGACGUUUUUUCCUGCAGAAUCGAGUCUUUUCCAGACAACCACACUAUGAUAUGCAAUAAUUAUGGCUGCUCUCUGUGGUUGAUCAGACUGCUUGGGUUAAUGUAAGUACAGCAUUACUAUAGGUGUAUAAAUAUGUAAAUGGAUCGUUUCUUUUCUAUUUAUGGACACACAGACGUUUUGGAAGUGCCUGACUCUUUUCUAUGGUAUCCGACUGUAAAGGAUUCAUCCAAAUCUAUAUAUUUGCAGAUGUAAAGACGGCAGAUGAAGGGUGAGUGGAGGCCGUGUCCUGCUCCACAUUUUUGCACAGACUCUGGGAGGAAUGUGGCUUUUUUUUCUCUCCCCCGUUUAUUUCUGAAACGUGAGAACUUGUGUGGAUGUGGAGAAAGUCUGAACAGGAGUGGGGUCAAAUAAAGGAACCGUUCGAGUCUC